UUCGGCUCGCUUGCCGCGCGCAUUCGUGUUCUGCAUUUUACUUACGUUAAGAAAAUUACUUAAAUCUUUUAAGUUUUUGAGUAAAUUUCGCUGUUUAUCUUGUGAAAGUGAGUGAAUGAUGGUGUUGUGAUAAAAGUUUUGUGUUUUAUUGCAAAAGUGCUUUUGUUGGAAUAUUUUCUGCCCAAGGAUUCCUAGUAGUGUACUAUAUCAUUAAAACGUUAAUGUUAAAAUGACAGUUAAUAAAUAAAAUUAACAGUGACAGUUAAGUGUUAAAUAAAAUUAUUGUAGUAUAAUUUACGAGAAGUUAAGUGAAACGAAUAGCAGCAGCGAUGCGUCGACUUGAUAGCGCAAAGGGCUGGAUGCCUUAACACGGCGUGUUUCCGCUAUCACAAUGACCAGCAUGUCUAGCACCUUAUCACCGGACACUUCGGCCACCUGCGAUGAACAGGGCAGGCGUCGCUCCGUAUUUUAUGUACCUUUAUUCGAAAGCUUCGAAAAUUAUUUACCAUUGACACCUGAAGAAAAAGACGCCAUCAUAUGUGGUCUUAACAUAGACGAUGUCCCUACAAGAAAUAAACGAAAUCCUUCAUCGGAAUUUGGUCAGAUUCUACCACACGGUGACGCCUUCUUAAAUGACAGUGAAAGCGAUAUAAAUGAAAGACGAUAUCGACGGCCUUUAUCAUCGAGAAUGAGCUCCAACGAGGCGUUGGCAAGAAAAGACCGAAGUGAUCUGACACGUCCGAGACUCGUUGCCGAGAGUAGUAUUAGUAGACAUUCGAAGCCAAGGUUACGUAGCACAACGUCUUGUGAACCACGCUAUGAUAGAAUAUAUUCUCCACUAGGUGCAUCAUCUCAUAAACUAAACAGUUCUACUUCAAGUAUCACUGCCCGAUUGCCUUCUAAACAUCCUAUACGUAAUUCCAAUUUAUCCCUUAUACCCGAUGCGCCAAAAUUAAUAUCACCGGCCAAGGAAAAGUCUAAAACCUUGCCUCAAAAUCUUAACACUCCAUCACCAAUAAGAGGAAGUAGUAGUUCAUCUUCGAUUUUCAAAACACCCAAAAUUACAGUAACCCCUGAUAGUCCAAAUAAGAGCCCUGGAAAAAUGACAGGUCUUAAUUUCAUCAGGCGAUCGCGGAGUACAAAAUUAUCAAGAAGUAAUUCCUUGCUGCGGAGUAUCACCGCGAGGCAUAUUGAAGAAGGAUUGGAUGAUAAUGUUGCUGUGGUGACGGAUUUAUCUCAAGAUUAUGACAAAUUUGUUGGUGAUAAUGGAGGCGAAAAAGAAGUAAUUUGUGCUCUAAUAAAAAAAAAUGAAGAGCAAGUAGCGAACAGUCCUCUCAGUUUACGAAGGGCAUACCUUGAUGUUGACGAUGACGUCGCUAUACAUUCUGACACAUCCUACGAGAAGGCAUGUCGGCGUGGUUCUGCUCCCAGUACGCCGGUGCCAGGCGCACAAGCGCAGCACAGUCCGUCGCGCCUCGCUUCCUUCUUCUUCUCCAAGAGAUCCUUCCGAAGCAACCCGCUCAAGCGAACCAAGUCCAACACAAAACUGGAGAAGGAGCGAGCGCAGGCUGCGGUGCCUACCCACCCGGCAUCACACGCUUUACGCACCUCAAGAUCUCAUGAAAGUCUCCUGUCAGCACACUCACCGGCUGUAUCUACAAUGGAUCUCGGACCACCUAAUCAGGUGGAAAUUCGCGCAUUACACUCAUCGGUAUUGAGUAGGCCGCACUGCUUUGCGCUCAGUGCAGAGAACCGAGCGCCACGCUACUUCGCAUGUGCGUCACGGAAGGAGCGUGACCGAUGGAUCUACAGUUUAAGACAAGCAGCGCGGCCAGACGAAAUUCGUACGCGACGCUGUGAGCGGACUGUGAAGUUAUGGCUACUGGAAGCUAAGGCUAUCCCACCUAAGAAACGAUAUUACUGCGAAAUAUUGCUCGAUGAUAAUUUAUAUGCGAGGUCGUCUUCGAAGCUAAAGUCGGAGCUGUGCUUCUGGGGCGAAGUGUAUGAAUUUAGUGGACUGCCGGCCGUGAGGGCCAUACACGUAAACGUCUACCGAGAACCUGAGAGACGAGCACGCAAACGGGACAAGCACGCCCUUGUUGGUACAGUACGUAUCCCGGUCGACGACGUAUCGUCACGAUACCUCAACGAGCGGUGGUACCCGGUGAGCGAGGGCGACAAGCCGCAGUCCCCGGGCCGCGCACCCGCACCUGUGCCCGCACUGCGUAUAAAGUGCCGCUACCAGUGCGUCGAUGUGCUGCCCCUCGACCACUACGCGCGAUUCCUCGACUACCUCAAGAAGAACUACCGCCGUCUCUGCGAGUACCUCGAACCCGUCAUAGGAGUGAAAGCUAAAGAAGACAUAGGCUGUGCGCUGGUUUUGUGUAUGGCGGGCGCGGGUCUGGCGCCGCGCUAUCUGGCUGACGUGGUGGCGCUAGACGUGCGCAGAACCGGCGACCACUCGCUCACCUUCCGCGGCAACUCGCUCGCCACCAAGAGCAUGGAGGCAUACCUCAAACUGGUUGGCGAUCAAUAUCUGCAGGAUACACUCGGGGAGGCAGUGGCUGCGGCGGCCGGUACAGCCGCUACAGACUGUGAAGUAGAUCCACUGCGAGCGGGUAGUGGGGCGGCGCUACGUCGCCAGCAGGCGGCCUUGCGCGACUCUGUAUCGCUCGCUUGGCGUGCCAUCGCCGCCUCAGCGCCGAGAUUCCCUCCGCCACUGAGAGACUGCUUUGCUACUUUCCGCGAGAGGUUAACAUCGAUGGGCCGAGAAGAUAUAUCCGAUAACUUGAUCAGUGCUUCCAUCUUUCUCCGUUUUCUUUGUCCCGCAAUUCUGUCUCCAAGUCUUUUUGGAAUAAUUCACGAAUACCCCAAUGAACGCGCGGCCCGUAAUUUAACUCUGGUAGCGAAGACACUGCAGACACUGGCAAAUUUCACGCGGUUCCAAGGCAAGGAGGCUUUCAUGGAGUUUCUCAACGACUUCCUGGAGCAAGAAGCGCCCAACAUGAAGGCAUUCCUUAGAGCAAUCUCGACGCGACCGCAGGAUCAACAGCACCAACAGUUGAGUCAGUCCCAACAUCAGAACUCAGACGGCAGCAAGCGCAACUCCUCAGCAUCACAAGGAUCUACAGCGGGAUCGGAAAGCUCUAAGAACGAGAUGGCGGUGGAAGCAGACCCCGAGUGGGCCCCUCACGUGGACCUCGGCAAACAACUCGCGACGCUGCAUGCUCUGCUAGCGGACAGCUUGCCUAAACUGCCUGCGGGUAAAAUACAGGAAUUGGAUCCAUUGUCUGAAAUUUUGGAAGAUUUAAGCAAAAGACUGAUGAGUAAUGACAAUGGACCGCCUGCUCCAGUGGGUGAAAAUAUCUUUAGAUUUAAUGAUCCCACAUGCACGCCACCUAAACUGAAUCCUGAUGUUCCAGUAAACGGUCCAAUUAAUAACAACUUUGCGCACAGCUCACCUAUUAUGAACAAAAAUGGUGUCCAGUUCAACAUAAGUCCAUCAAAGUCCAAUGCUGAAGAAUCUAAGUACAAAGGAUCUUAUGUGACUGUUUCGAAAUCACCCAGCUUCAAUUUACGCUCAGCGACGCUUCCAAGAAAUGGAUACGGAUCGAGCCCGGUUAGUCAGAACGUAAACCCAGACAGAUAUAGCUCACAGUAUAAUAAUCAAGAACAUUGCGUCAACUUGAAAGUCGUUCAGAUAGGUUUUGGCUCUGAUCAAUAUCCUAAAGGCAUAAGCAACGGUUUGAACGAAAGCUUAGAGAGAAGGUUCCAGGAGAGAUAUAAACCUAAUAACUUUAAUCAGCAACAAACGCAUUAUCACAAUAAUUCCAAUUAUAACAGCACUGAAAGGUCACCGAGUAGCGAUAGUAUCAACCAUAAUUAUUGCGCUAACGAUAUGCAAAACAUUAUAAAAGAGACUUCAACGCUAGAUGAAUUGUCAGAUCUCUUGAAAUAUGCCGACGAUUCUGAUAUAGUUGAUGAAAAGCUCAUGAAUAAGAAAAACAUAUCACAGUCAAAAUCGAACAAUAAUAACGUUAUUAACGGCAACAAGAAUUCUUACACAAAUAACGGCUCGAAUGUAUCCAUCAGUGGGUUGUCAAAUGUUGCAAGUUCUGGAUAUCAGAGUAUCGCAACAUACAGCCAGAGUUCUAGUCCCAUUGAAAAUACAACUCAUCACCAUCAGCCUUAUGAAAAUGGUGGACAGCCAAUGAGCCGCUACUCACAGCUAAAUUACCAAAAACAAAGAGAGAAGCAGUAUUACGAUAACAAAAACGAGAAAUUUUAUCCAAAGAGCCCAGUGCAACAAAAAAUUGAGUACGAUAUUCAGAAAUAUGGUAUCCAAAACUUUACAACCGCCGAUAACGUUCAAAGUAAUACUAACGCUAAUACGAAAGUAGCUCCCUUAGUUUUUACAAACCCUGUUUACAAUAUGGAGGAUAAUCGACAGUCGCAGGAAAUAAAAAAAACUAAUGAAAACAGAAACUCCAAGCGAUGUCCAUGUGGCUCAUCCAGUUCAUCCAUUGAUGAGGAGGGUUUGAGCACAGAUAACGUGGAGACAAAUUCUGAAGAGGGUUCUACGAAUUUCAACGACGAUAGUAGAAAUUAUGACCAACAGAAUCGCAACGCUACCCACCGAAAGCUCACCAGAGAUAAUUGUAAUUACGAAGAUUUGUACCAGAGGAGUAACAAUAACCAUAAUCACUCUCCUAGGAUAAGAGAUGACGAAUCUUCAAGUAAUUCGCCAAGCUUAAGAAAAAGUAGUAAAACAAGAAUGCCUAGAACAAAUCCUAUGCUCUCUUACUCGACUAAUCAAAAUCAGCUCAAUUUAAAACACUUCGGCCAACGAGGGGAAUCAUUAUACGAAAGCAAACCACACCACAUUUCAACAGACUCUGGCUAUCCAAUGAGUAGAUCUGACUCCAACGUAGAGGAAGUAAACAAAGAGAUGUAUCGGUUACAAAUAUCACGAAGUCAAAAGGCUUUGUACAACAUGGAGAACUCAAAAAAUUCACCCGAAAAAUUCUUGACAGAAACCACAAUUCCGGAGAAGAAUUAUCCUUUGGAUAGAACGUACUCGGGUGCGAAAGUAUCUAGUAGUAGAAUUAAUGAAGAUUUAGAAAGACACCAGGAUUACUAUGGAGUUCGAGAAAAGAGGGAUUCGCCCUCUCGAGUAUUUAGCAGGGAGUCUCAUUCUAGUGAAGCUAGCGAAAGGGCGCCAGUGAGAAGUGAGAGGGAGUUACCGGUGAGAGACACAAGAGACAAGCUUCAACGACGACUGAGCUUAGAGUCUGCGAGAGAGUUAACGGAUAGCUCGGACGAAGUUGAUGAAACGCUGUACAGUACGACUGGGAGACGUCGCACUAAGCACCAUCGAACCAUUGAACAGUAUGAACGUGAAAUAGAGAGGCUAAAAUGUUCAGUGGAACUUCUUAGAGGGCGUUUGGGUCCUACUGAUUCAGGUCAAGAUCACACAGAUGCCAAGAUGAAGGCUAUUAUUUCGAGAUUAAUUUGCGUGGAAGAGGAGUUAAGACGAGAGCAACGCAAGAUGGCCGCCGCGCUAUCGCACAAACAACGUGUGAUCGAGGCGCAAGAGCACCGGAUCGCAGCUCUCGACGAAGCAAAUACCCGCCUCCUGUCCGCACUCGUGCACCUCCAACAACGCGCUCCGCACCCCGCACCUGCGCACCCCGCCAAUCACAACCCCUCCCACUCCCCCCACUCGCAACAUUCUCACCAGGAACUGCAGAUAUGAAAGAUAUAGAUAUACUUCCAUAGAUUAUAUGUAUGGUGUAAAUGCGUAAAUGUGACCUAACCCGUACGACGGUGACCUUUGUAUGAAGUACGCAGGUAGAAGAGACGAACAGAUGGGCUUUCUCUGUUGCAUACACAUCGGGUCCAAACCAACCAAGAAGCAUUUGUUAAUCUUAGCUCGUUGGACCGGUGUUCCGCACCAUUCUUAUGCAUGCGCGUGAGUGGAUCUCAUAGUACGUUGCUGGCACGUAAAAUCAAGGUUAAUACUUAAACACUGCUUUGGUUCUAUCUUCGCUCCAACAUUUUUUUCGUAACUAUAAUUUGUGACGUCACAUUUAUGUCAAAUGGCAUAAGUAUGAAAUUACAUCAGAAAGAACAUUUCGUAUUUUAACGAUUUUAAGAAGUAAAUCUGAUCCAGUAGUUGUGUUUCCACAGGUACUGUGUUAAUCUUUUUUUUUUUUGAUUGGAUACAGAGAAUUACGCCCUUAUUGUGCCAAUAAUAUCUGAAAGUCGUCAACUACGCACAUCAACUUAUAUCGUAGCGUGCAAGUAUAUGAAUUUCAAUCCCAUGAAGAUGCAGAAUAAUUGAGUGUUGCCAGUGAUAUUAUACAAUAAGCUGUUACUGCCAUCAGCCUUAACUUUGUCAUCGUUUGUUAUUAUUUCUUAGAAACGUUUUUUACAGACUUCUCAUACUUCUCUUUAGUGUAGAAACAGGAUUAAUAAAUACUAUGUGUCUGACUGUUUUUUGCCUGUUUUAUAUUUUAUCUUCUCAUGAAUCCAACAUAGUAAUAUGUCUUUAUUGAAUAGUUUCUUAAACAUAUUUCGGUAAUAAAAUUUUGCACAAAUUUAUUUAUAUUAUACGUACUGUAUUUUCAUUUUAAUAUUUACUUACCUAACGUAAGAUUGUAAUUUUGCGAGUAUUGCAAUUUUUAAAUUGUUAUUUGUAAUAAUUGAUCUUCAUAACUUUAACAGUUUACUCUAUCAUUAUGUGUUUUUGUUUAAUGUUGUUUCUUUAGUUUUAAUGUAAAAUGCUUUAACUGACAUUAACAUUUCGUUCUGUAUCAGUAUUUUGUAUUAUUAAUAAUUCUGGUUUAAACUUUUCACAAGUGACAAUGAUUGUUUUUUUUUGUAACAAUGAUACCAAAGACGUUGAAUAUCCCUUGUAUAUGGCGUAGAUACUAGGCAAGAUAGUUUAUUUGAAUAUUUCAUGAAAACGAUUAUGUACUUUGUUUUGGCAAAUUACUGCCUAUUAUUUUAUAUUCCUUAUAAAAUAUCUUUACUAGUAUCUGCACAACUUUUAUUUGUCUAGAGUUGUAGUGGGAUAUAAGCACCCGUUGUAACCUCUAGCGUUAUAUUUUAAAGUGUUAUAGAUUUUAUAAUAAUGUAAGACUUGUAUGAUAAUAUUGUAGCAAAUAUGCCUAUUUGUAGUGGACCGAUAUUGCAAAAAGAGAAUAUUUUUAAUACCUUUCGAGUAUUAUAGUGUGAAUGUAGAAUAAAAAUAAAAUUAUAAUACCUAAAUGAUCGAAUUAUUUGUGUGCAUUUCGGAAAUGCGUUGAAUAAAUUCGAUAUUCGUUAUGUAUGAAAUUCAUUUUAUGUAUUGCAAUCUAUAUAGAUUCGACAACUUAGUUGUUUUUCAGUGAAAAAAAUAUUUUUAAGCCAUAACUUUGUAAAAUACCUAAAUGGGUAUAUUUAUUAAUAUACUUGUCACAUUAAAUUAUGGAUUACCUGCAUA